GUGUCAGUCUGAUGAAGAUUGGCAUGCAGACAGCAGAGUUACUGAUCACCCUACAAGUGCACAUGUUUCUGAUUUGGAAGAUACGUUUAGGAGUACAAGCUGUGUUUCUCCACCAGCCAAGCAAUCAAGAAUGAUGCUUACUGGAGUUGGAUCCUGAGGCUUCUGCCUUUCAAGCUAGUCGCAGUGGCUGGAAGCAGCAGCUUUUGUGAGGCUGGUAGUGGGGAGAAUUUAAAAAGGUCCUAGAUGUGAAUCAAUCCCAUGAUGCAACAUGUCUCCCCAGCGCCAUCUCUGACAAUGAUGGCCACACAGACUGUACCCCCUCCCCCUUAUCAAGAACCCCAACAGAUGACAGCCACAGCCCAGCAGCCAGCAAAAGCACAGCCGGUGCAUGUCACCACACCCUCGGCAGCAAGCAAUGCUCCCCUUCCCAGCACCCCGAUCGACCCUCAGGCACAGCUGGAGGCUGACAAGAGAGCUGUCUACAGGCAUCCUCUUUUCCCCCUCCUGACACUGCUAUUUGAGAAAUGCGAGCAAGCAACACAGGGCUCAGAAUGCAUCACCUCUGCCAGCUUUGAUGUUGACAUUGAGAACUUCGUACACCAGCAAGAACAGGAGCACAAACCAUUUUUCAGUGAUGAUCCUGAGCUGGACAACUUGAUGGUGAAAGCUAUUCAGGUCCUGCGAAUUCAUCUCUUGGAGUUGGAGAAAGUGAAUGAAUUGUGCAAAGACUUUUGUAAUCGUUACAUCACCUGCCUCAAAACUAAGAUGCACAGCGACAACCUUCUCAGGAAUGACCUUGGGGGACCUUACUCCCCGAAUCAGUCCUCCAUUAACCUACACACACAGGACAUGUUGCAAAAUUCUCCCAACUCCAUGACAGCCAUACCUGGUAACCCCCAAGGAAUUGUGGUACCUGCCUCAGCACUGCAACAGGGGAAUAUCUCCAUGGCAACAGUGAACUCACAAGUUGUGACAGGUGGAGCCCUUUACCAGCCUGUAACUAUGGUUACAUCUCAGGGCCAGGUGCUAACCCAAGCAAUUCCUCAAGGGGCUAUUCAGAUCCAGAAUGCACAGGUUAACCUGGACCUGACCUCCCUUCUUGACAGUGAAGAUAAAAAGUCAAAGAACAAACGAGGAGUCCUCCCAAAACAUGCUACCAAUAUUAUGCGCUCCUGGCUUUUUCAGCAUCUUAUGCACCCCUAUCCAACAGAGGAUGAGAAGCGGCAAAUAGCAGCACAGACAAAUCUCACACUGUUGCAAGUCAACAACUGGUUUAUUAAUGCCCGGCGACGUAUCCUGCAACCUAUGCUUGAUGCAAGCAAUCCAGAUCCAGCCCCCAAAGCCAAGAAAAUCAAAUCCCAGCACCGGCCAACCCAGAGAUUCUGGCCCAACUCCAUCGCAGCUGGGGUUCUACAGCAACAAGGAGGCAAUCCCGGGACUAACCCUGAUGGCUCCAUCAAUAUGGACAACCUCCAAACCCUCUCCUCCGAUAAUGCCACCAUUGCUAUGCAGCAGGCCAUGAUGGCGGGUCACGAUGACUCAUUAGAUGGGACAGAAGAUGAGGAGGAAGAUGAAAUAGAAGAGGAGGAAGAGGAAGAGGAGGAGGAGGAAGAAGAACUGGAAGAGGAUCCUGAGGAGCUCCAGACAACUAACGUCAGCGACCUUGGCCUGGAGCACAGUGACUCGCUCGAAUAGAGGAUUAUAACCAAUGGUGGAACAGUCACCGACUGGAAAACUGUUGAACCUGCUUGUGAAACUCAUUGGCCUGAAUUGUAGAGUGCGCCUGAACAUUUGAUGAGCACAUCCCUUUAACAAUAGGAUUCAACAACAGAACCCUUUCUUGAAUGUCCUACUUGGCCUGCAUUAAGCUGCAGGAAUGGACGUGGAAGUACACUGAACACCUGUCAAGUGUGCAAGCUGAUUAUUUAAGUGAAGGACACACGUUUACAAGGCACAUAUUGUGACUAGUUUCUUCCCCACUCUCUCCCACCUUUGUUUUUGAUAACCACAAUAACAAAAGUGUUUUUAGAGUAAGCUGUUUUCUGUAUGACUGAAUGUUUUAUGGAAGUUCUAAUUCAAUGCCUUUUUUGUGACAUGCAAGUUCAGAGGCAUGGCUGUUUUCAUUUUCACUGCUUUUAUGAGAGAUUUAUAGAUGAAAAAGAAGAAGAAGAAGAAGAAGAA